GCUCUGUCGGUGGUGAGCGACGACCAGUCCCUCUUCGACUCGGCCUACGGCACGGCCGCCCACCUGCCGAAGGCCGACAUGACUGCCUCAGGGAGCCCUGACUACGGGCAGCCCCACAAGAUCAACCCUCUGCCUCCACAGCAGGAGUGGGUCAGCCAGCCAGUGCGGGCGAGCGUGAAGCGCGAGUACGACCACAUGAAUGGAUCCAGGGAGUCCCCCGUGAACUGCAGUGUGAGCAAAUGCAGCAAGCUGGUGGGGACAGGCGAGUCCAACACCAUGAACUACAACAGCUACAUGGAUGAGAAGAAUGGCCCACCUCCUCCCAACAUGACCACCAACGAGAGGAGGGUCAUCGUCCCCGCAGACCCCACGCUGUGGACGCAGGAGCAUGUGCGCCAGUGGCUGGACUGGGCCAUCAAGGAGUACGGCUUGGUGGAUAUCGACACGUCCUUCUUCCAGAACAUGGAUGGCAAGGAGCUGUGUAAGCUCAGCCAAGAGGACUUCCUGCGCUCCACAUCCAUCUACAACACCGAAGUGCUGCUGUCGCACCUCAGCUACCUCAGGGAAAGUUCACUGCUGGCCUAUAACACAACCUCCUCUCACACAGACCAGUCCUCACGCCUGAGUGUUAAAGAAGACCCUUCUUAUGACUCAGUCAGGAGAUCCAGCUGGAGCAGCAACAUGAAUUCUGGCCUCAACAAAAGUCCCCCCCUGGCAGGAGCCCAGACCAUGAGUAAGAACACUGAACAGCGGCCCCAACCAGAUCCCUACCAGAUCCUGGGUCCCACCAGCAGCCGCCUCGCUAACCCUGGAAGUGGGCAGAUUCAGCUGUGGCAAUUUCUCCUGGAACUGCUCUCAGAUAGUGCUAAUGCCAGCUGCAUCACCUGGGAAGGCACCAAUGGUGAGUUCAAGAUGACGGACCCCGACGAGGUGGCCAGGCGCUGGGGGGAGCGGAAGAGCAAGCCCAACAUGAAUUAUGACAAGCUGAGCCGGGCGCUCCGAUACUACUACGAUAAAAACAUUAUGACUAAGGUGCAUGGCAAAAGGUAUGCCUACAAAUUUGACUUUCAUGGCAUUGCUCAGGCCCUGCAGCCACAUCCCACUGAGUCUUCCAUGUACAAGUACCCAUCUGAUAUCACCUACAUGCCUUCGUACCACGCCCACCAGCAGAAGAUGAACUUCGUGCCCCCUCACCCGUCCUCCAUGCCUGUCACUUCCUCCAGCUUCUUCGGGGCAGCGUCUCAAUACUGGACCUCCCCCACAGCGGGUAUCUACCCAAACCCCAAUGCUCCCCGCCAUCCUAACACCCACAUGCCUUCCCACUUAGGCAGCUACUACUAGAAGCUUCAACCUCAGUGGUUUUCCCACUGAUAUCCCCCAUCCCCCUGGAGGACUCAUGAAACCCCAAAGGGAAACAAAGCAAAACUGGAUGAUCUUUCUUUGGGGAUAGAAACUUUGUAUUUGUGCUUUAACAAAAAUUCCUUUUGUGUGUGUGGGAUGGGGGAUAAGUGUUGAUGACUUCUGCUCACUCUGCUUUCAACAGAGACAGAUAAUUUCUUGGGCCAGUACAUCAAGUUGGAGUCUUGGGCAUUUACAAGUUAACUAUUUUAGUUACUGGAAUGCUGGUAGCAUAAAUCUGAGGGGAAACUGUGCCGUGUGUGUGUGUGUGUGUGUGUGUGUGUGUGUGUGUGUGUGUGUGUGUGUGUUGAGCCCACACAGUUUCCUUAACACCCCUAGAUCUAUUGUGGACCUUGAAAAGAGCAGUGAGUCAAGAGGAAAGGACUUCAUCAUUUGAGUUUUGGUUUGAGAGUUAGUGAAAAUAGAGGCAGGAAGAUGAUAAUCUU